UCCGUGUCCUGCAGCUCGCCUGCUGCAGACCCAGCUGCAGGAUGAAGGCCCACUGGUGGAGCUGCCUGUUCGGACUUCUGUGGGUGAACGCUGAGGGGGCGCGCUGGACAGCCUCUCAGCGCCCGGCAUCCACGCUGCGGGUGGAGAUCAACUCGUCCCUGGAGAUCUCCUGCUCCACAUCCCUGCCAAACACGCUGGGCUUGACCCUCUACAGGUCUUUCAAGGCCAGCACAAAAAUUGUGUACCUGUCCUUGGAUAAAAGUGGAAUCCUCAAGCAAACUCCUGACACAGACUUCAUAGACAGGGUCCGUGUGACCCGUGAGCGUUCAGAUUCGGAGUACGAGGUAACACUGCAGCUGUCUAAGCUGAAGGAGGACGACACCGACUUGUACUACUGCACAUGGACGUACCUGGACGUCCACAGCGUCAAACAUCUGAAAAGCAACGGCACCGUCGUCAUCGUCGGAGAGAAAAGGCCUGAGGCCCGAUGCCAGAUCCUGACGCUGGACCUGGUCUUGGUUUGUGGGGGAAUCACGGCCUUCGUCCUCAUCCUGUGCUUCUCUGCGGUGUCUUUCUGGAGGGGCAGACGAGGACAGAUCAAAAGAAGCUUUAGACCCACGGCGCCCCCCAGGCUAGAGAGACCCCACAGACACAGAUCAUGCAGCUGCAACUCACACCCCCCCCAGAUCGAAUCUUAUUUAGUCACAUCUUUACAGUCCGCUUACUUUAACAGGUGAUCUGCACCAGCAGCUCAACCUGACUUUUUUUGUGCUUUGCUUCCUAUUUUGUUGUAUCUACAGAAAAAGUGUGAGCCACCACAUCCUGGCCGAGGCGCCGCUCGCCGAAGCGCCGCUCGCCCUGACUUGAAAAGCGAAGAUGCACAGCCAGCAUUAUUUCUGUUCUGCACAGCCACUUUUCUUCUGAAGUGAAAAGAUGUUUUUUUUUUUUCUUUCUCCGCUUUGAUUUGUAAAGAUAUUUGAAGUUUUCUUCUGCAACUGUUUCAAAACAUUAAAUCUGCAAAAACCGU